CUUCGACGACGCUCUCGGAGCAAAAAUUAGCAGCAGCAGCACCAGCCUUGCGACGACGACGACCAGAUAGCGCACCACGCCGCCUCCCGCUUACCACCGACGACACGCCUCCCUCCCCUGGUCGGACCAGCGCAAAGAGCCCGGCAGGGCCAAGGACGACAAAUAAAACGAGGGCCGUUCGAGCAAACCAAAGGAGACGGCACAGACCCCCCGGGGUGCAUACCCCACUUCACAAGCCGCCAUGUCGACGCCGAUGCUGGCCGCGGCGAAGCGCGGCUUCCGCGAGGUCCAGGGCGUCGUCGUGUCGGCCGGCCUGAUGGACCGCACCGUCAAGGUGCGCGUCGGCGGGCGCGUGUGGAAUGACCAAGUCAAGAAGCACUUCAAGCGCCCCGAAACCCACCUCGUCCACGACCCCAACAACUCCCUCGUCACGGGCGACGUCAUCUCGAUGCAGCCCGGCUGGCGCUGCUCGCGGCACAAGCGCCACGUCGUGACGCAGAUCGUCGCGGCCGCCGGCCGGCCCGCCGAGGAGCGGCCCCCCGUGCCGUCCAUCGCUGACCGCGUGGCCGAGGCCGAGGCCAAGCGCGCCGCCAAGCUCGAGCGUCGUUCGGUCCGCGACGCCGAGGCCGAAAAGGCCCGCCUAGCCGAGAAGGAGGAGAAGAAGCGCCUCAAGAGGGCCAGGCUGGCGAGGGCUGAGGCGGCCUACAGGCCGCCGUCAGCGCCGGCGAGGGCAGGGGCGGCACCGGCACCGGCAGCAGAGGCGCCCUCAUCAGAGGUGUCCGCAUAAACCUCAUUGUUAUUUGCUCAGCACCAUGUUCCUCCCUCGCAACACUUGACAGGGAGUGAGAACGUUUCUCCACCUUCAUGUGCCCGCCCGGGCUUCGACGAUUUGUCGGGAAGGGGUCGUGGCAGUAUGGACAUGCAUGGAUCAUGAUAUCAAAGGAAUAAGAGACGCAAGCAAACGACCCAAUACCCACCACUCGUUGGUGUACUAACUAGCCUGAUGCUGGGUUGAGGCCUAGAUGGUGAUCGGCUGUAGUAUCCCGGCUGUAAGAUAUACGUUCUGUCUCUUUAAAUCACCCCAAAAUGGCCGUGUAUCCAAGCUACCACCGCAGCCAUCCGGCACGGGUCGCGCUUGUUUCGCCAUAGGCACGCUCGCGCCUUGAUCUAGAUCGUACCAUACCAACUCCAACCUUUUUGGACAAAAAAAAAAAAACGGAAUUCCGAGGUCCGAGGGGUAUCACUUCGUUCGGCAGAAGUCCUAGUGUUACCGUAUAUAUAUAUUUACACAUAGUUUCUUCCGUUAUACACAUGCAUACCCGAAACUGGCCCGUCUUGGCUCUGUUUGCCGUUCUGUCUGAUUUUGAAUAUCCGGUCACGUAUG